AUGACGCUAAUGUUUUUGGAAGAGCUAUUAAGACAGGCAACUGUAUUGCUUGUGGAUUGGACACUCCCGAAGAUAAAGCAGGUUCCGAAUUUGAAGGUUCUUCAAUUACCAACCGCCGGCUCCGAUCAUGUAGUAGGGCAGCCUUUGUGUACCGACACGAAGAUUAUCUUUUGCACGGGUAGUGGAAUUUACAGUACCAAGGUCGCCGAGCUCGUCUUCCUAACCCUCCUUUCAAUCCGCAAUUCCUUCAACCAAUUACUCUCUCAGCAGCGCUCCCACAUCUGGGACUACGGCAAAUAUCCCCGUCCAGGGGACCUUGUAGGCACCACAAUCGGGAUCCUCGGAUAUGGGUCAAUCGGCAGACAAGUUGCUCGAGUCGCCAGCGGGUUAGGAAUGAAGAUACACGCAUACACUGCGUCCCCGCGACAAACGCCAGAAUCCAGGGCUGAUCGAGGGUACAUUCUCCCAGGGACCGGAGAUCAGAAGGGCGAAUUACCAGACGCAUGGUUUUCGGGCACGGACAAGCCCAGCUUACACACUUUCUUAUCUGGAGUAGACGUACUCGUCUGUUCACUACCACUCACCAACUCGACAAGACACAUACUGUCCACCACCGAAUUCGAAAUACUCGGUAAGAGAAAGGCCCACGUCAUCAAUGUGUCCCGCGGGGGGGUUAUCGACCAUAAUGCGUUGACUAGGGCUUUGAAAGAGGGCUUAUUGGGUGGGGCUUCAUUGGACGUUACAGAGCCAGAACCCUUACCCGCGGAUAGUGAGCUUUGGGAUAUGAGGAAUGUAGUCAUCACUCCGCAUAUAGGUGGACAUGGUAAAGAUUAUUUUACGAGGGUUGUAGAUCUGUUUGAAGCGAAUCUUUACAGGUUGAGUGCUGGCGAGAGCAUGUUUAACGUUGUCGAGAGGGAGAGAGGAUAUUAG